AUGCUCCUCCGCAGAGCGGUGACUGCUGCCCUCCACGACAGGAAACGGUUGUUCUUCUUCAUUCCGAAAGUGGUGCAACAGCAGACGACGAGGGCGUUGUUGACCACGGCCCAUGAUGUGGGACCGACGGAGGUAUGUCGUCUUGUCUUCCAGGUUGUCUUGUGUUGCGGCUGAGAUGGGAGAUUCGCAUGGGUCGGUCGGUCCUGGGGACGGGGACGGGGGAGGGGGAAUGGGGGGAUGACGUAUCGGGUAGACCGGUACAUGUAUCGGGGGGAAUGGAAUUGAACAAUGUGGAUGGGUCUUGCUUGCUGACUUGUGCCAAUCUUUUGGGACGGAUUUGUAGCCACCGCUCCUGGAACAGACGAUCCCGCAACAUUUCGCCUCGAUCGUUUCGAAAUAUGGACAUCGCACGGCGUAGGUUUCUUCUUCUUCUCUCUAAGAAUACCCACGAGCAAAGUAAACCUAGACUGGCCGGCUGACUAACAAACACUCUCCUGCUCCAGGGUCAUCUCGCGCCACCAAAACUCCCAAUCCCUCAGCUACCACCUCCUCGACGCGCAAUCCAACAGCCUCGCCCGCGGCCUGCAGUCUCUCGGAAUCCGCAAGGGCGAUCGGGUUUCCGUCUCUCUGGGCAAUAAUUUGGAAUUCGCCAUUCUGACGUAUGCCCUCUUCAAGCUCGGGGCGAUUCUGAAUCCCCUGAAUCCCAGUUUCAACGAGGCGCAGGUCGUCUCCGCCCUGCGGCAUUUGGGCAGUAAGUUGUUGAUUAUCGGGCGAGAGACGCGGUUGGUGAGGAAGGAGGCGAGGGAGAAUCGGCGGUUGGUGGAGGGGGUGUUGCGGGAGGGAGGGGUAGAGGGGGUGGUCGUGGUGGAGAAUUCGUCGAGGGGGGGAAGAGAGAGGGAAGCAUGGGAGGGAACGAUUGCGUAUUCGGAUCUUGCUGAGGGCAAUUCCACACAGACCCUCCCGGAUCAAAAGCUGGAGAAGCACGACGUGGUGAAUAUCCAAUUCACUUCCGGAACCACCUCCUCCCCCAAAGCGGCCUGUCUCUCGCAUCGGAGCAUUCUCAACAAUGGCGCGCAGAUUGGCGAUCGAAUGCUGCUGACGCCGGAAGACGUCGUGGUCUGUCCGCCUCCGCUCUUCCAUUGCUUCGGGUGUAUCCUCGGCUACAUGGCCACCGCCACGCACGGCUCGACCAUCGUCUUCCCCUCCGAGGCCUUCUCCGCCGAGGCCUCCCUCCGCGCCGUCCAAGAAUUCCGCGGCACCGCCCUCUAUGGCGUCGCGACCAUGUUCCUCGCCGAACUGGAAUUACUCGCCAACGGCACCGUGCCGAAUUCCGGCUUCGAAUUCCUCCGGACGGGCAUCGCGGCCGGCUCGAGCGUCCCGGCGGAACUGAUGCGGAAAUUGCAUCGCAUCCUGAACCUGGAAGAGCUGACCAUCUGCUACGGCAUGACGGAGACGUCUCCCGUAUCGUUCAUGACGCGCACGGACGACGCCUUGGCGAAGAGGAUCGAGACGGUGGGGCGCUUGCAACCGCACGUGGAGGCGAAGAUUCUGGAUCCGACGGACCACACGCGGAUUCUGCAGGUCGGGGAGAGGGGCGAACUGGCGGUGUCGGGAUACCUGGUGAUGAAGGAAUACUACGACGACCCCGUGCGGACGCGCCAAGUGAUGCUGGCGGACCCGGACGAUGCGUCCAACAAGCGGUGGAUGUUGACGGGGGACGAGGCGAGUAUGGACGCCGAGGGCUACGUGUCCAUCACGGGGCGCAUCAAAGACCUCAUCAUCCGCGGCGGGGAGAACAUCCAUCCGCUGGAGAUUGAGAAUUGUCUGCUGGGGCACGAGCGGGUUCGCGAGGUGAGUUGCGUGGGACUGCCGGAUGAGCGGUAUGGGGAGGUGGUUGCUGUUUUUGUCGUGCAGAAGGAAGGGGCGGAGUUGGAGUUGGGGGAGGAGGAAGUGAGGGGGUGGGUGAGGGAGAGGUUGAGUGGGCAUUUAGGUGGGUUCCAAAUCUCUCUUUCUACUUCUACUUCUCCUUCGCGUUUGUUUUUGGAUAUGGGCGAUUGUUCGGGAUAGCUGAUGAUUCCGUGUGUGCGUGUGAGCAGUACCGAAGUAUGUCUUCUGGGUAUCCGACUAUCCCAAAACGGCCAGCGGCAAGAUUCAGAAAUUCAAGCUCCGAGAGGAAGGGAUUCGGCUGGUCAAGGAAGGCAAGGGGACGGGUCUCUCAUGA